AUGUUCCGCGAUUUAAAAAAACGUACUGGAAUUCGUGAUGUAAUAUUUUACUAUUUAAAUAAUCCGGAUGAACCUACUUUACGUAAUUAUGUAAAUUUCCUUCUUAAGUGUUUGGAUAAAGUGAUGCUCUAAUCGAAAAAAUGUCUCGAUUUGAACUGAACUAAAACGUUUGCUUGGUGGAAAUCCGUACCGGCGACUCAAAUGGAUUGGCGAUUGGGUUCGGUUUUCCUGGAUGCAAAUCGUAUGGUCGAAGUGUUUUGGAAGCUAUAGUUUUUGAUUCUGGAAUGACAAUCACUAUGACAGAUAAUAUUGCUAUUACGACAGCGAACUAAUCGAUCACGAUCAAGAAACGUGAAUUCGUCGACUAAACCAAGCUCCAGAUCGCCGAAGCCGAGAAUUCUACGCUCCUACAAUCAAAACGGUGUCAUGUCGAGAGUGUUAAGAUCAUAUGGCAGCAGGACAAUGUAUGAACAUGAUUUAUGUCAUUUUUACGAGCACGCGAAGCGCUUGCGUCCACCUAACCGAGUAAAUUCACAUAGCUGUUAUUCUUACGUUACGUUGGUCUUAUCAGUGGUGAAAUACUGUUACCGAUUCGCGGUACCCUUUUAACGUGCGCCAUAAGUUGGCUAAAAAAUACGUAAUUUUGAUCGAAAAAUAUUACUCGAGAGUGUUUCUCGACCAAGAUCAGCGUUUUAGCCGAAUUCAUUGAUAAUUUAUUUUUUUUUACGUAUAGAUCAAACGUAUUCGAUCAGUUUUUGGUGAUAAUACGAAAGAUAUUUACGAUUUUGGAUCAAAUAACGUGUAAUACGAUGUGCAUUUAGCGAGUUUUAUUAUAGCGGAUUUUGAGUAGAUUCAUCGACCACGUCUUCGUCGAAUCCCGCCGAUCAUUCGUCGCAUUUGUUCGAGAAUAAAGAAAGCUCGCAGCUGUACAGUGAAAUAUGAACACGAAUCCGAGAAACGUAAUAAACACGGUGGAAUCGGAAGAGUCAUCGUCGUCGACAUCGAGACGACGACGAUAGAAGAGGAUAAAUCGUGUACGACACGAGAUCGCCUCCUCAUCAUCGUUCGCACCAUGACUCGGGUGAAAAUCAAAAUCACUUGGAUCAGUAUCGCAACUACGACGAAUUUACGCGACCAGGACGACGACAAUAGCAUCAUCGGUAGCGGUAACUGCAGCAGUAGCGAUCAAAGGCGAAAUUUCGUACAACAAACAAAAUGCGAACGCAGGCUGCAAACAUGAACGUCGAAGCGAUCCUGGAUCACUACGUGUACAAUGUGAGCAGCAUCGUGAAUGCUACCAGCGCCGGAGAUGGCAUCGCCGGAGUCGACGACGACGACGACGUCUAUAGCGUGACCAUACGUAAAAUUUCGAAUUUAUCGCGUAAUCGUAUCGCGUUAGGCGUCCUGUUGUUAUUAUUUUCGGUCGUUACGGUUCUCGGUAAUUUACUCGUUAUCGUGGCCGUCAUUCGCGAACGCUAUUUACACAGUUCGACUAAUUACUUCGUCAUGUCGCUGGCUUCGGCCGACGGUCUGGUCGGACUGGUCGUCAUGCCGCUCAGCACCCUGUACGAGAUCACCGAUCAUCAUUGGAUAUUCGGUAUAAAUUGGUGCGACGCUUGGCGAUCGUUGGACGUGCUCUUUAGCACAGCGAGCAUACUGAAUUUAUGCGUUAUAUCGUUAGAUCGAUAUUGGGCUAUAACUGAUCCGUUCACGUAUCCGACCAAAAUGAGCAGACGUAAAGCGUACGUUUUGAUUUGCGUCGUAUGGGUUUGUUCGUCGGUUAUCUCGUUUCCGGCCAUAAUAUGGUGGCGAGCGGUCCGCGACGAUGUACCUAACUACCAAUGCCCGUUCACCGAUAACCUAGGAUACUUGAUAUUUUCAUCGUUCAUCUCGUUCUACCUGCCUCUGUUCGUAAUGGUGUUCACGUAUUUUCGUAUUUAUCGCGCGGCCGUGUUUCAAACGCGAUCCCUCAAGUCGGGCAGCAAACAAGUGUCGUCGACCGGAGAGACCGGACUCACGUUACGUAUACAUCGUGGCGGUACCGAACGACAGGCAGCCUGCACUUCGACGCUGCAGCUCAACAACUCGUUCACGUCGGUCAACGGUGGCCUCUCGAGGCAGCCAUCGGCUACCUCUACUAAUCGAAUAAUGCAGAGUAAAUCGCUCCAUAAGAAUUUCUCGCUCAGCAGGAAACUCUCCAAGUUCGCCAAAGAGAAAAAAGCCGCCAAAACGUUGGGUAUCGUGAUGGGGGUGUUCAUUAUAUGUUGGUUACCGUUUUUCGUGCUGAAUUUGGCCUCCGGGUUUUGUGAUAAGAAGUGCAUCUGGAACGAGGAUCUGACUACGUCCAUUGCCACCUGGCUCGGAUGGAUGAAUUCCGGAAUGAAUCCGUUCAUAUACGCGUGCUGGAGCAAGGAUUUUAGAAGGGCUUUCGUAAGAAUAUUAUGCGCUUGUUGUCCAAGAAGAGUUCGAAGAAGACAUCGGUACGCUUUACGUUAUCGAUCAAGUCAGUUUUCCAGUACGUCAAUGGUUUUAGCUCCGGCCAACGUGACUUACGCUACAGUCAACCAGAAAGAACUCUUUAACAUAUAAGUACCUAUCUUAUAUGAUACAUACGUAUAUUUGUACCUACCUGUUUUUUUUUGUGUUUAAAUAUUGGUGUAAAAUUACGUAUAUAUUCCGGUUGUUUCUCGUUAUUUUAUGUAUAGCUUAAAUAAUGAUUUUUUUUCCUGUUUCGUGUUUUCGUGUAUUUAUUAUUGAUUACUUUUUUGAUGUGAGCAUUAAAAAUAAAUACGUAUACGAGUUUCUA